CCCUACUUGAAUUAUCUUGAGCUGAGCAAUAACGAACUUUACGGAGAGCUUCCAAUAAGAUUGGGCACGUGGGGCAAUUUGACGAGCCUGAAAAUCUCCGACAACAAAUUAUCAGGCAUGAUACCGCCUGAUCUUGGGAAGAUGACUCAAUUGCAUGUAUUACAUAUAUCUUCGAAUAAUCUUGUCGGGGAAAUUCCGAAAGAACUUGCAAAGUUGCAGUAUCUGCUAGAGCUUUGGCUGGAUGGCAACCAUCUCACUGGCGACAUUCCUCGCGAAAUUGGAGCAUUGUCGGACCUUGUACAAAUUAACGUUGCGGGAAACAAGCUAAGUGGCUCAAUCCCCAGAGAACUUGGGGAGUGUGUGAACCUUCAGUAUCUAAAUUUAAGCACAAAUAAUCUUGAGCAGAGCAUUCCAAUAGAGAUCAGCAAUCUUCGCUCUCUUCAAAGUCUCGAUCUAAGCCGAAAUUUGCUUACUGGAGAUAUACCUCAAGAUCUUGGACAAUUGCACAAUUUGGAAACACUCAAUCUCUCACACAAUCAACUCUCGGGUUCGAUUUCACCAGCUUUUGAUGAUCUAACAAGUCUUACAUCUGUUGAUGUAUCCUAUAAUGAGUUAGAGGGUCCUUUACCAAACAUCCCAGCCUUUCAUAAUGCUACAAUCGCUACUGUAGGAGAGAACAAAGGCUUGUGCGGAGAUAUUACGGGUCUCACGCAUUGUCCAGGGACGGUGGGGAAAGGGAAAGACAGACACACAAAUUUGCUCCUCAUUUUACUCCCUACUUCUCUUUGCCUGCUUGCUUUGCUUCUUGUAGUGGGAGUUUCAUGCAUUGUGUUCAGGAGAAAAAGGGAAGGAGAGAACGGCUUGAUAGAAGCGAGCAGUGAACAUAUGUUGGAAAUAUGGAGCUAUGAUGGAAGAGCGGUGUACAAGAACAUUAUCGAUGCCACCGAGGAAUUCGAUGCCAAAUAUUGCAUCGGCACGGGUGGACAAGGGCGUGUUUAUAAGGCCGAGUUGCGAACGGGUGAGAUUGUUGCCGUUAAAAAACUUAAUCAAGCGCCGGAUGUCGAAAUGGCUAGUCGAAAAGCAUUUGAAAGGGAGGUUCAUGCUUUGAUGGAAACCCGACACCGAAACAUUGUGAAGCUGUACGGAUUUUGUUCGAGCACUCGCCAUUCGUUUUUGGUUUAUGAGCAUCUUGAAUCGGGCAACUUGGAGGAUAUCUUGAAGAACGAAGAAAGGAUAAGACUGUUCGACUGGAAUAAGAGAUUGAAUGUCGUUAAAGGUGUGGCUAAUGCUUUGACCUACAUGCAUCAUGAAUGCUAUCCUCCGAUAAUCCAUCGUGACAUAUCGAGCAAGAAUAUUUUACUCGACGAAGAAUACGAAGCUCACGUCUCAGACUUUGGCACAGCCAAGUUUCUAAAACCUGAUUCAUCUAACUGGACUUCGUUUGCAGGCACAUUUGGAUAUGCAGCUCCAGAACUUGCCUACACGAUGGAAGUGAGUGAGAAACACGAUGUCUAUGGUUUCGGAGUCUUAGCGAUGGAAGUGAUAAUGGGAAGACAUCCCGGCAAUCUCAUAUCAACUCUCUUGUCCACAUCUCUACCAACAUCAAGUGAUUCGACAACCCCCCAUUGCUCCCUAAAAGAAGUUUUGGAUCAGAGGAUUCCAUACCCCGAAGGCGAUUUGCUAGGGGAAGUGGCUCUCAUGACGAAGAUCGCAUUUUCAUGCUUGAGUCCUAAACCGGAGCAUCGUCCGAGCAUGCAACAAGUUUCUAAAGGGCUCUCAACACAUCGUUCAUUGCUGUUCAAUUCGGUAGAUAGCAUAAAAUUUGAAGAAUGAGCUAAUAUUAGAGGC